UGAAAAAUGUCGCACGUCGUACAAGCUGUCGCGCGGUUUUGAUUUUACCGUUUCUAUAUCGAUUGGUCGAAAGGACGACAAACGUACGACAAACACUCGACAUGCCCGACAUUGUUUUUUCCAUCGAUUUUCCUUCAAUUCGACGUCACGAUUUUCGUCGACGCAAACAGUUUGACAGUUCUCUUCUGUUGAUCUUGUUCGGACUUGAUUGCAACCGAGUCGAACCAGUUGUUGUUGCUUUUAGGCUUUUGGAGGAUUUUGGACAGUUAAUAGAUUUCGGUCUUCGUGGCGGAGGAGGAGGAGGACGGGAAAUAUGGUUUACUCGGCGGGCCAUUCCGGAAGACGGGACGGGAAGUAACCAGUUUGCGAUCGUGGAAGCGGUUGGUGUUUGGUGUUUUACCGUCCGCGGGAGGUUGCGACGCAUAUCUAAUGGAACUGGCAACAAACAUAUUCCAAUCUGAUUCUGCCGGAAACCGGAAUGCGUUCCCGUGUGGUCACUCGUGGCUUCCGUAGAAUCCACGGAAGCAGCCACGUUUUUUUCGUACUCGUACUCCACAAAACCCACGUUUUUUCGUACUCCGGUAAACAUCAAUCCGUCGGAGAUCCAAGAUCGUCGCCAAGGCGUCGCAUCCGGGUUUUGAUCAGCUCGUCGAGGAACAAAAGUCCAACACGACCAAGAUGCUGCCACGGCCGCCUCAGAAGAACACCAACACCCAAGCCGGAAGCUGCGGUCAAGGCAAAUCCAGAAGGAAGCCAAGUUAGGGAAGAAUCGGCGAUCCGCAAGUGAAAUUAAGUGUACAAUAAAUAUUUUUGUGAAAUUUUGACAGUUGGAAUAAAAAAAAUCAAUAAAAACAAAACAACAGUUUUUUCAACUGCAACAUAACCAAAAAAUCCGAAAUGACAGCACACGACAAUAGCACGACAUUCUAAAUAACAAAACCGUGCGACGUCGGUCGAAUGUCGUACGACAAUGUCGUACAAUUUCGAUUAUCGAUCGCACGACAAAUACGACAUUUUGGUGCAAAAACGUCUGACAUUCGUGCGAUAGUCGCGCGACAUUGUCGUGCGACGUCGUACGAUUGCGCGGACGACAAACGACGGACGUCCGACGGACU